CUCAAAGAGCCCCCAGCAGUCCCCAAGGGCUUCGAGGAAUACUCAGAGAUUACCGACCACAUCCCCGACGAGCUCGACCUCGACAACCUCAUCCAGUCGUUCCCUCCUACCACCGACUUCUCCGUCCCUCUCAUCUCCCAGUUCGCCCCUGGCCCCGAGGACCAGCUGGACUUCAGCCACAUGUCGAUGCGAGCCAGCGAACAGGCGUCGGCAAGCAAGCAAGCACGUAGAUUGCCGCUCUUGGAGUCUUGUUGUGUUGCGACUUGACUCGAGAAUUUACAGCUGCAGGGAUGAAGAGCGGAGAGAGCGCGGAGGCAGCAGCGGGCAGGACCAUCUCUCCAGGAGCAUACGAGGGGCAGUACACAGGAAGCGACGAGGAGGUGGCCCGAGCGUGGAUCAGCGAGGUGACGGGGGAGAAGCUGGAAGGGCCCCUACAAGAAUGUCUCAAGUCAGGAGUCGUCCUGUGCAAACUUGUAAAUAGGAUCAAGAGCAACUCAAUCCUCCGCAUCAACACAGGCCCGAUGCCCUUCCCGCAGCGAGAGAACGUCAACGCCUUCUGCGAGGCAGCGAGAUCGAUGGGAGUUCCCGAUAAGGACAAUUUCACUACUGCUGAUCUCUUCGACAACCGAAACUUCAAACAGGUUCUCGUCUGCAUCUUCAGCUUCGGUCGGCAGUGCUACUUCGCCCCAGGAUGGAACGGACCUUGUCUCGGCCGGCCGGAGAUGGCGAAGCUGGGACCGUCGAGGUCGUUUGGGAGGAAUGACAGCAAGUAACAAAGUAGGAAGAGACUAGCUGG